AUGCCCGAGCAUGAUGGAUUAAUGAGGGUAUUCUGGCCGGUCGACAUCGCAAGGUCUGAUCUUCCGGGAGUUAUUGUCGGCUGGAGAAACUCGGGCUCGGACUUCGUGGUUGUCACUGUUCUGGAUCACGUAGAUCCGAAAAGUGUCGAAAAUGCCCUGAAGACCGACAUACUCCUGCGAAAUGCCCCCCACUCGCGCCCACGAAUAUUUGAGAUCUGUGGCCAGUCCUCCAUGCACGUUUUGGGACUCAUCAAUGCCACUCCCAACAUCGAAUAUGACCCCUCCUGGGUACGAGCGACGACGAAUGCCGCAGACCGCGUGCCCAUACUUACUUGUCCUAAAGCAUCAAGUAUUCAGAUCAUCCUCUUCGAGCGACCGAUUCCCCUCCGGAUGCAGUACAUCUCGCUGGAUCCGAUCGUACUCUCACUCGCCGACAAGGACGAUACGUCGCUGUAUAGUGUCUACGACGGGGCCAAGGCUGAGGGUGAGAGGCUGGACAAGAAGAACAAGGAGAAAAACGUAGAGCUGGUGGAAAAGAGGACGGGCCACAUGGUCUUGAAACAUGCGCCCUCUAAGAAGAACAGGGCUCUGGCGAGGAUCGUGAAUCAGAUCAAUUGGACAUGGGAACUCGAACAUCUCCUGCAGAAGAACGUCGCGCUCAUCGGAACUCGGCCCAAACGUACGCUGAGCGUGUCCGAACGCGUUGUGGAGCAUGCGACGACCAUGAGAGACCAUGUGAUCCUGUGGGUUUGGGACAUGAUCGUCCUCUACGCCUUUCCUAUCAUACGGACGGCCUUCGUCUUUGCUCUCCUCGCGCAUCGGCUUGCAGCGGAGGUUCUGCUCUUGAUUCUGGAAUGGAGGGCUCGACCCAAUUCCCCCGCGCUCAAGGAUAUCUCAGCCACGGCCCAGCAGGUCGAGAUCCGCCUCCAGCAAUUCUGCUACUGGCCUAUGCAAUACGUCAAGUUGCGGCUGCGGAAGAACGAUUGGGAAAGUGUGACGACAAGUCACCCUGACUACAUCCGCUUCUACAACAGCCUGUGGCUUGUUGCCAAUGACGUGAUUAUUGGCAUCGCGCUUGGCUCCUACAUCAUUGACAAUGCCGACUGGGUUGCGGACACGAUCAACAUGUUGUUGGGGCAGUACACCAUCAACGCGUUGCAGAGCAGCAUCUCGUGGCUCAUGGGUUGGCCGGCCGGUCUGAAGCUGAACAGUGAAUUGGCACUCUUCCUGGGUGACCUGUUCCUUUGGGUCAUCGACUAUUGGGCUAGCUGCAUACAGAAGCUGCAGCCGCUUCUCCCGCGCAUUGUGUGGUUCAUUGGGUUUUCCAGCUUUGCUGGUGCCAGUCUGCCAAUUGCGCUCUUCUCGGACCUGCUUUCGAUGCUUACGGUCCACAUCUACUCUUUCUAUCUCGCCUCGGCCCGCAUCUUCCACUGGCAGUUGACCAUACUCCUCUCCUUGUUCCAGCUGUUCCAGGGGAAGAAGUACAAUGUCCUCCGAAACCGAGUUGACUCGUGUGACUACGACCUCGACCAGUUGCUGGUUGGCACCAUCUUGUUCACACUCCUUUUCUUCCUCCUGCCCACUGUCAUUGUGUUCUACCUCAAUUUCGCCCUUGCGCGUAUGGUCAUUAUAACGUUCAAGGCCGUAUUCGAUACCAUGCUUUCUUGUCUGAACCAUUUCCCCCUGUUUGCUUUGAUGCUCAGAACUAAGGACCCACGGCGUCUUCCAGGCGGCAUUCGUUUUGAACUUCGUGAUACCCAAAAUAGACAUAUUAUUAAUCCUAAGGCAACAACCCACUUCCAAUCUCCAACAUCGGUUAUAAUCCUCAAGCCGACACCUCUCAAAUUCAGGGCAAUGUUCCACCAAUACUUCCAGAUGGGAAGCCGUAUCCGCAAACACUAUCUGUCGCCUCGCGUCCUCUUUUGCCUCGUCACGGGCCGCUUCGUCCCGCCAAUCCAUCGCCAAAACCUGUACUCGCUACAGUACAGCAUGCUUCCGGCGCGUCGAGCGGGCAUCAUGGAGAUGUGGGAAGCGCUCAACUCGUUGCCGGCGAAGAAGCGACCAGUGAAGUUGCAUCCGUAUGGGGUUACCACGAACGUAAAUAUGAACGGACGACGACACAUGAAUGGACGAACCACAAGGGAGCUCUAG